GGAAGGGAACACACACACACACACACACACACUCUCAGACCGCAUCAUGUUCAGCAGCAUGUCACAGUCUCAGGAGUACAGAGGCUUCAAGCAGCUCAUGCCCGGUGAUGAACCAGGUGGACUCUACAUCUUGAUGCUGGUGUCCCUCUUCCCACUGUACUACUGGUGCUUCACAGACGAAAGCACUGAGGAUGAGUUUGAAAUAUCCUUCGUCUGCCAUCGGCCUGAUGAUCUGCACAUACUACAGGAAGAGACUGAAUUCAGCAGGAAAGAGCUGCAGUUCCUCUACAGGGCCUUCAAAAAUGAAUGUCCCAGUGGAGUGGUGACUGAGGACGUGUUUAAACUCAUUUACUCUCAGUUCUUCCCUCAGGGAGAUUCAAGCAUUUAUGCACAUUACCUCUUUGAGGCAUUUGACACUAACAGGAACGGCUGUUUGAGUUUUAAGGAGUUUGUUGCUGGUCUGUCACUCAUCCUUAGAGGCUCAAUAUAUGACCGGCUAAACUGGGCGUUUAAUUUCUAUGAUCUUGAUAAAGAUGGAUUCAUCACAAGAGAGGAGAUGAUGAAGAUAAUGAAGUCGAUUUAUGCUUUGAUGGGGAAGUAUGUGUAUCCCUCCAUACAUGAUGAAACUCCCAGCGAACAUGUGGAAAACUUCUUUCAGAAAAUGGACAGAAACCAUGAUGGACUGAUCACUGUUGAGGAGUUCAUGGAGUCAUGUCAAAAGGUUGAUCUCUACAACUUUAUCAAAAUGCAAAACAUCAUAAUCAAAGAUGAAAUAUCUCCUGGGAGCAUUCCAGAGAGCAGGUUUAACUUGACAUCAUAACAUUGUGAUUUAAUAACAUGACCCAAAGAUGAUAAAAAAAGUAUUUAUUGCUUGUUCACAACCCCAGUAUCAUCCCUUGUACUAGGGCUGGAUUCACAAAACAUAUUUGAGAAAAAGAAAAAGUCUUUAUAACUGCCUUUAAGUUAAUAAGUUAACAAUGUUUUAUUGAAAUGCAAAAACACAGCACAAAAAUGAUUAAAACAGGUAGCUUGAUUUUAUGCAUUGUAUCAAUAGUUUUCCAAGUUUAUUUAAAAGUAAAUGGUCACAAAAACUACACAUUAAAAACAUGAAGCCAAGCGCCUUUCAAGCUGGUCAUGACAGAAAUAAUGUGCGCUUUUUAUGAUUAUUAGAGUAAUCUGGAGGAAGCACAAAAAGACAAUCCUAUAAGUGUUUAUCAGUGUGUAUUCAGUCAUGUAUUCAGUCAGGUAAAGACUCAUGUUUUUCUUAAGGUGUUUUUUAAGAACAUGUGAGAACUUUAGAAUGCACUGAAGAAUAUUAUUAUGAAUUAUUCUUAAGAAAUGUAUUAUUUCUUAAGAUUUUUGUUUGUUUGUGAAUCUGGCCCCUGGUGUAACUCUAUAAUUGUGACAAGAAUACUGUAUGCACCACAUGCAUCAUAAAUGCAUGUUUAAAAUAAAAAAAGGAAUAUAGAAAACAUCCCAUUGGAGAAAAAUGCAGCAAUGUGUUAGAGGAGAAAAUGUUGGGUUUAAGAUUUGAGGGGUAAAAUAAACCGGGUGUAGUGUGUGCUGCCAUCAGCAGAAGCUGAGAGACAUGCACCUGAAGUAAACUAACUCUGGACCACAGGUUCAUGGAGUACAUUGCUAUUAAACUUCCCCAGGUCUCAGGAUCAAUGGCUUUCUCUAAAAGAACUCACUAGAAGUUAUAGUUACUUAACUUUCUAAAUGUUUGCUUUCUGGAAUAUCCUACAGGAAUAUCUUGCCGUUAACUUGUCUUUCUUUUCUGUGUUUCUGAGGAUGCAAACAUUAUGCGGUCAAUGCGGCUGUUUGACAGUGUCUUCUAGAAACUUCUGCCCAGCUGUUGAUUUCGGCACAUUCUUCUGUCUCCAUCAAGUCAUCUCUCUAUCAGCACUCUUACUGUGUUCACACUGUACUUAUAUAUUAUGCAUUUUUAUAAUAUUUAUGUGGGGUUUGCUUUUUUUGUUUUAAUCAUAGAAGACCUUCAGGGAAGCACACACCUGUAGGGAAAAACUUAGCUCUUUCUGGAAACAUCAGUAUGCAAAAAAGUGUUUUUUAACCAUACUUUUUAUUGUAUUUAUUUCUUAUUACUAAUUUGUGUGUGUGUGUGUGUGUGUGUGUUAACUCAGAUUUUAUCUCUUGGUCUUUUACUUAAUGAUAAGUGCACUACAGCAAGAAUGUGAGGGAUCAUUUUAUGUUACAAACGUUAUGUUUCAAUUUGAAAAAGGUAGGAGAAAAAAUACAUAAAUAAAUACAUUCUAAUUCAGUUGUAUUAUUUAUAAAUUAUAAUUUUAUAAUGAUUUUAUUAAUACAGCUGUCUGAUUGAUUUAACAGUCUCAAGAAUUCAGAAAUCACACAAAAGAAAACUGAGCACUGUGAAUUUUAAUGACACUGUAGUAGGGUCACUUUGUGAGAACAUCUAAAUAGUUAAUUAUAUAGUAAGACAGAUACUCAUGUUGGUCUGCAGUAUUCCCUGAAAAGGUUAACAGGUGUUUCGGGUCUCGGGAGACUAGUGUAAAUUGACCAAUAGCGCCAUUUGCUGUUUUUGGAAAAGAUAGUUGCUCAAUUGCAUUUGUGAGAACAUCUGCUUUGACCGAUGUGAGAAUAUCUGCCUGAGAAAUCAGUUCCUCACAAAUGAGUCUCACAGUUGUAACACACACUACAUAUAUGUGUCCAUACCUCUGCAUUUUCUCUCAAAUAGAGAACUUUGCGUUUUGCGUUUGUUUGAAAGCCAAGUUUUUCUUUGCAAAGCAGAUUGUGUUAUUUUUUUUUUAAAUGCUUGAUUUGUUUGAUGAAUAUUGGCAAAAAACACGUUCCUUACCAGGACCAUGUGGCUGAACAGUUAGAGGACAAACACAAGCAAGGUAGAAGAUUUAUGCUGAAAUUAAG